AUGGCCUUGUCAAUUGAAGAAUUAAAAAUUCUUAUUUUCAUUUCAGGUAUGCCAAGCAAUGCUACCUCAGUACGACAAGUUGCCAUGAAAAUUGUUGAAAGUAAAAGUGAAAAAGGGCAAGCAGUGACCUUGAAAGAAGUUAUUGAAGAGUGUCGAGCCUAUAUGGCAAAUAAAAGCGAAGCGAUGUAUAUUGUCAAGGAGAAAGUGAGUGAAGUGAAGAAAGAAAUGCCCGAAGUCAAUACAUUGCAAAAAGUGAAGUGUCAUGAAAAGAGUGAAAUUGAAAAUGGAUUCGAGUGCAAACCAAAGUGGUCCAAACCAAACGUCAAGUAUCAACAAAAUGUGAUUGAGAAAAAGUGUAGUCAUUGUGGACGUUUUGGUCACUGGCGAAUGCAUUUGGAGUAA